CCAUGGCGGUGGUGCUUUGGAGACAGUGCCUCCCUCGGGCGUGGCUCUGCAGGAGGGCCGGGCAGGGCUGCGGCCGGCACUACCGCGCCGCGCUUUGCGCCGAGCUGAAGCAGCCCCUGGCCAUUGAGGAGGUGGCCCCCCGCCCUGUCCGGCCUCACGAGGUCAGAGUUGAUGUCCAUUUCUGUGGAGUUAACUUUGCUGAUAUUUUGGUCUGCCGUGGUCAGUAUCAGGAAAGGCCCCAUCUUCCCUUCAUACCUGGAAUGGAGUUUUCUGGGACAGUACUGGAGACAGGCACAGAUGUCAGCACAGUGAAAAAGGGAGAUCGAGUUAUUGGCAUGAGUGGCUUUAAUAGUAUGGCAGAAGAAUGCAUCAUCGACCAGAAGAUCCUGUGGCAGAUUCCAGACAAGGUCUCCCUACGAGAAGCUGCUACCCUACCUAUAUCCUAUGGCACUGCUAUUUUGGCUCUAGAGCAUCGGGCCCGUACCCAGCCUGGAGAAACUGUUUUAGUGACGGCAGCAGCAGGAGCCACAGGCCUUGCGGUGAUAGACGUGGCAACAAAUGUUCUUCAGGCCAAGGUAAUAGCUGUUGCCGGAAGUGACGAGAAGUGCAAGCUGGCAAUGCAGCGGGGUGCACAGUCCAGUGUGAACUACAGUCAGGGCAGCCUGAAGGAGGCAGUGAGGAAGCUGGUGGGCACUGGUGGGGUGCACGUGGCCAUCGACAUGGUGGGAGGAGAUGUCUUCCUGGAGGCUCUUCGCAGCCUGGCGUGGGAAGGCAGGAUCGUGGUGGUGGGAUUUGCUGGAGGAAACAUUGCUUCUAUGCCAACCAACCUUCUGCUCCUAAAGAAUAUCUCUGCCAUGGGGCUGUACUAUGGUCAAUACCGAGACCAGAACUUUCCUGUAUUCUCAAAGAACCUCUCCUCAGCUCUUCAGUACUGCCAGGAAGGGCGCAUCCAGCCAUAUGUCGGAAAGGUUUUUAAGCUGGAGGAGGUCAACGAUGCCUUCCUUCAUGUGAUGCAGCGUAAAUCCAUGGGCAAGGUGCUUCUUUCUCUUAAAUAAAUCCUCACCUCAGCAACAAACUCAGCAUGUCCAAAUCCAAACUUAUCAUCUUUCCCAAAAACCUGAUUUCCCUUCCAUGUUUCUAAAGGUGCCACCACCUUCCUUACUAACCCAGGUUUGAAAUCUUAGUACACUUAGUCCAAGCCUUUGAUUCUGUUUUCUUAUUGCUCACAAUUAGUAUGAACAUAUAGUUUAUUGUCCAAACUAGGACCUUUCUGAGAGUAAAAGAAUGCUAUUAGUAAUUUUACUAGGAAAAAGUGUCCCAGGCAAACCAGGAUGUAUGGUUACUGUAUUUACCAAUCGCCAACUUCCGUUAUUCCUAUCUCUAAGAUACCUCUUACUUUCACAUCUUCUUUUCCAUCCUAACUAUGUCUCAUCUAUUUCCAGUGAUCUUCUAAUUGACUUUCCUGUCUUUAGAAUACCCCUAUCCCCGUCAUCCUUGUUAUGCAUUAUUGCCAUGGUGAUCUUCCUGAAGCAUAACUCUGACUAGGUCUUAUCUGAGAAAACCUGCAGUGGCUCACUAUUGCCUACAUGGUGAAGUUUAGGCUCCUUGACUUAACAUUUCAUUAUGACCAUGAUUUUGCUCCUCUCUGCUUUUCAGUCUUAUGGUACACAAUUCCACCUGUCUCUGAGGAUGUACGUAGCUUUCCUGCCUCCCUCAUUUUGCUCUUUUUAUGGAAUUUUCUGUACCUUUCAUCUCUGUCAAACAGAAGCCUUCCUGACCUCCAACACCCACGUUUGCCAUGUGCCUUCCCUCAGGACAGCAAUAAACUCUUCUCUUCCUCUUCUUCAUUUCUGUAGCUUCUUUCCCAGGAUUUGUCAUAGUCUGCCUUGUAUCCUGGGAAGCAGCAUGCAUAGUAGAAUGAAUACGGGCUUCUGCAUCCAAGAUAUGGGUUUGAAUCCCAGGCUCACCACUUUGGAGGUAGUUACUUAAGGUCUGCAUACCUUCAUUUUUUUCUUACUGUAAAGUGGACAUUACAAUAUCUACCUCACAAAGUUAUUGUGAGCAGUACAUGUAGUGAUUGGGUAAAGCACAUGGUAAGUGAUUAGCAAAUGAUAGUUACUUUCACUUUUACUUUCUCUUCUCCUUUCCCAAUGCAUAAGUUCCUUGAGAGCAGGUACCAUGUCUGAGUCACCUUUAUACUUCCCACGAUACCUAACCUUGUGGGUUACACUUGGUAAAUACUCAGUAAACUGAAUUGAAUUUGAAUUACCUGCAAGUCUUAAGUCAUGGGGUGGAAGUAAGAAUAUAUUGCCCUGGAAACCAACCAAAUGUCCAUGGACAGGUGAAUGGAUAAACAAAAUAUGGCAUACACACACACACACACACACACACAAAAAAAAAAAAAAAAAAAAAAAUGGAAUAUUAUUCAGCCUUAGAAAGGAGUGAAAUUCUGACACAUGCUACAACAUAGAUGAACCUUGAAGACAUAUAUGAAAUAAGCCAGAUACAAAAGGCCAAAUACUGUAUAAUUCCAUUUAUAUGAGGCACCUAGAGUAGUCAAAUGCAGAGACAAAAAGCAGAAUGGUGGUUGCCAGGGAAGAGGGGAGUGGAGAGUUAGUGUUUAAUGGUACAGAGCUUCAGUUUGGGGAGAUGAAAAAUUUCUGGAGAUGGACGGUGGUGAUGCACAACAAUGGGAAUGUACUUAAUGACGCUGAGCUGUACACUUAAAAAUGGUUAAUUUUAUGUAUGUUUUACCAUAAUAAAAAUUUUUAAAAAAUGUUA